CUACGGCUGGCAGACAGCCCGCGCCAGUGAAGUGGAAAGCUCCUUCCAAAGUUGCGUUCGAACCAACGGCCGUGCUUUUACUCUUCCUCUGUGUUCUGAGUUCUGAGAGCUUCAACCAGAAGAACUUCUCCUCUGAUUCACAGUAGAUAAAUAAGCUAGGGUACUACUACUCCCCGAUCUCACAUGUUGAAAACUAAGUCGUCUCUCCCGAACCUCUCUGUUUUAUUCGAAAUGGCGGUCUGUCCGUGCAAGGAGGGUCAAGAUGUCUACUGCAUUUCAGUGAUUUCUGACAACGAAAAUUCCAAUCGACAUUGUUCAUCAGACUUGUCAGUCUUAAAUGUUGCAGAAGUUCUGUAUCCACUAGAAAGCCGGGCAUGCUCAGAUAGCCAAUGGGAUUGCAAGAACAGCGCCAGUCUGCAGACAGAAAGUACAGAUAGAUCUUCCCCAUGCAGUGUGGAUAUAGAUAUUGAGAAGGAAAACUUGGAAAUAUCCAAAUCAGUUGAGAGCUUUGAAGGGCACUCAAUGAAAGCUGAGAAUGCACUAACUAAGCUGUUUGAGAGAAAGAUUAAUAUACCGAUAGGUGGAAAGAUCAUUCAGCUUUUAAUGAACCAUAACCUGAUAUCACUGAGGUCCACUUCCAGAGACAAGCCAACAACUGAGAGAGCUCAUGACACACCUAAUGGCAGGUGGCGGAGUAAGCGUGCAGCCUCCUUUGACUCAAGAAAAGUAGUUCUUCUCUUCUCAAUAUUGUCAAGCAUGGGUUCAAUGAUGUUAAUAUAUUUGACUCUUCGAGUUAAGCAAAUAGGUGACGGGCUUGUUCAUGUCUAGUAUGAGCGUGUAAAAGAGAAUGAGAGGUGUUUUCUACAUUGGAUUUUCUUUUUCUAGUAUAGUCCUUUUUGCUUUUCCCGUUUUGCAUUUUUUUGACAAUCAUUGUUAUGUAUGCAAGUCAUUAAAUGAUAAAUACUCCUAAUUGCAAAUGCCAUCGUCCUUUGAGCUUUUCUUCAA